CCCGUAUGCAAGAAAACAACUUCCUUCUUGCAACUUCAAGCCGUUCACUGUUCACAGUUCAGCUGCGACAGUGACUGUCUUGAAGUUGGCUUCAAGGUCAGCCUUUUCUGAAAGUCGAUUCUAGUGGCUGUUCAAAGUGGCAGCGAAAAUACCUUGACAAUCCGGAGACCCUGUCGCUCUCUUAGGUAAUCAAUGUCAAAGGAGGGAGGAGGAUGAAGACAAAAUGAGAAAAAGGUGAAUACGAGCUCAGAGGAGCUAUAAAGGCGGCAUUGGCCUGAGCGUGGUGAUGCGGCAGCUCGGUGCUUGUAAAAGCGGUACUGCGGUCUUGUCUAAGGGAGUCUUGGUGCUACUUCUCUCUUGAGGUGAACCAAUUGCAGGCUCUUCUCACUAGGAGUUACUAUACUGGAUUCGAGAGUAUGUAAGCCAACAAUGUGUAGCAAUGCGUAGGACCAUACAAGGACGGGGUAAACUGUUUCAUUUUCAGUCGAAAGGAUUGAAUUGGUCGACUUUGCAAUGGCAGGAUCGCAGACUUUGCUGCAAAGUGUUGGCCUUUGCAGCCCUCCCUGCAAUCUGCCCUCCCACCACCAGAUUGGAAGAAAGGCCCUGUUCCAGCCGUCGUUUUCACUUGGGCCUCAUUGUGGACUGAGGCGGAGGCCCCGGUGGAGUGUACAGGGCCCCAGGGCUGCCAUUCUGUCUCCUUCAGAAUUGAAGUCAGAUUCUGAGCCUGGGAACAGACCUCAGGUCGACCGAUCAGCUCGAGUCACAUCCAAGAAAGCUGGGGGCCAGGUUGCUUCAGGGGCUGUUAACGGUGGUCGGGAUGAUGAUGCGAGCGAAGCUGGUGAUGACGUCAGCGGCGGGAGCUCCGAUGUCAAGGGUGCCGCCCGGCGGAUUCUGGAGCAGCUUGAUAACGGUCUCGCUGACGUCAUCUUGGACGAUGGAGCCGGCAGGCCGCGCGGUAAGAGGAGGGGACAAGGCCAACGAGGCCUUAGCGCAAAAAGCCCUUCCAUCACCCCUCCCCAAUUCCUGCGCCCGGAAUCGAGUACAUCUGAUUCGACGGGCCUCAGCCAAGACUCCGAAACCCUAAUCUUGCAAGAUCAGCAGCUGGAAGACAGAGGAUCACUUGAGGGUUCGAAGACGCAGGUUCUCGCAAGCAAAGGUUCUGAAGGAGAAGCGGAGUCCGAGUGGAGAAGGGUGGCGGACACUGGGCGUCUGAACUUUUCGGACAGAACAGAAGCGCAGCUGGAGACGAAGCGAGGAAUUGCGAAACGGGGCAGCCCGACAGAACUAGAGGCGGAGCUGGGUUCAGAGUCCGAUGGGGUGGUGGUGGUUGAACAGGGUGAGGAACGAGGUCAGCAGCCAGCGGGCCAAGGUCAGCAAGGGCGCCAGCUGUCCAGCGCCGAACGGCGGGCGGCGCGGAAAGGUACGAGGGAGAAUGGGGUUGGGGCGCCGGGGGCAGCCGAACCUGGUAGCCCGCUGAUGUCAUCGGACAGUGGCGCCGAGAUGCUGACAUCAUCUUUGAAAAGUCGGUCGAGGGUGGCGCCUUGGGCUGCUUCCACUACGGAGCUGUUGAGCGAGUCUCAAAAGAACGUCCCCCUCCGGAGUCAACUCCCAUCGCAAAACCCGAAGCGGGAGCGCAAUGCUGAGGGCGACGAGGCGGUCGCUGACGUCAGCAGCCGGCUGCUGAGGGCUGGGGAGGCGUCCACUUCGGGGGCCACGAACCACAGGCACGCUUCCACGGCUGGCACAGUCCGAAAAGACUCUCCCCCCCACUGGCGCUCAGCACGCAAUCGCCCCCCCGGAGCAGAGGACUCCUCUCAGGGGGGCAGAAACGGCAGGCCGCGGGGCCCCUGGGUCAAAAACCAGAAAAGUGAGGUGCAGGAGCCGCUGGUUCUGGAGGCCGCGAGGGCGUUGCGAGACGUGGGGCGGGAUGUCGGAGAACUAGAGUCGGCGGUAGAAAGGAUCGUGCCGAGCGGGGUGAUCGAGAAGAUGAACCUAGAGUAUUGGAACGAGGUCAUAAAGCUGCUUGCGCGAGGGGGGUGGUGUCGCCAAAUGGAAGCGGUGCUGGCAUACUUGCCAAGGGCUGGGUACGAGCCGGAUGAGACAACAUACGCCAGGGUGUUUUUCGGCCUGCACCGACACCACCGCUACGAGGCCGCCCUCGCGGUGUUCAACGCGAUGCGCGAGAGCCGCCACCCCCCCACAACCAACAUGUACAAUGCCGCCAUGAGCGUCGUCACCAAGUUCUCGGGGGAUUACCCUCUGGUGGAGGCGCUGUUUGAGGAAAUGUCGGUGCGGGGCCUCCAGCGCGAUCGGAUCUCGUACAGCACCAUGAUGGACGCGGUGUGGCGGGCGGGCACGAGGACGGUGCGCGGGAGGAAGGACAAGAUGAAAGAAGCCACCCCCCGUGACCGGCGCAACGCCGCCGACAAGGUCGAGGCGCUUUUCGAGCGCAUGGUUUCCGAAGGCCUUGCGCCUGACACAAUCGCCAAAAACAGCGUCCUAAACGCGCUGGUGUCAAGUCAAGCGUACUCGCGCGCGGAGGAGCUCUUUGCGGCGAUGCUGGACGACGCGCGCACGCCGCCCAACGACCGAACGUUCACAAUGAUGAUGCACAUGCACAGCGAGCGGAACCACCAGCACAAGGUCCAGGAAGUUUUCGACCAGAUGCUGGCCGCGGGGAUCCCCCCGACCGACAUCACGUACAACGUGCUCAUCAAGGCGUGCGUCGGCACGCGCAACGUGCGCGAGGCGAUCCGGCUCUACCGCGAGAUGACGGCAAAGGAGCUCCCCGUGACGUCGUGCACUUAUAAUAGCCUGGUGGAGGUUCUCGCGACGGCGGGUUAUUUCACGCAGGCGGAGGAGGUCAUAUACGGUAUGGAAAUCAAGGGAGUGGAGCCGUCCCCCGAACCGUAUAACAUGCUGAUAACCGGGUUGAUCCGCUCGAAGGGGUGUUUCUGCGACGAGGCGAUGCGGAUCUUCCAAGCGAUGCAGCUCGCGCGGGUCAAGCCGUGGGCGCUUACGUACGGCGCGCUGAUGGAGGGGUUCGGGAAGGUGGGGCGAUUGCAGGAGAUGGAGCACAUGUACCGGCUGAUGCGCUAUGCGAAGCUGCAGCCGACGACGACCAUCUUCACGGCGAUGAUCCACGCGUAUAUCCGGGCGGACGACCUCGAAACGUCGUGGGAGCUGUUCGCCAAAAUGCGCGAGGUCGGGCUGGUGCCGAACGUGCAAACGUACACGGUGCUUAUAAACGGGCUCGCCUCGCGCGGGGAGACUGACGUCAUUGAUGACGUGUUUGCGGAGGCGAAGGAGGAGCUGUUAGAGCUCGACGCGGUCAUAUACGAGUCCGUGCUGCUCGCCCACGUGGGGCAGAAUAACCUGCCCGUGGAGGAUAGGCUAUGCGCGGAGAUGAAGGAGCGGGGGCUCGCGAUGCUGCCGCACACUUAUGAUAAGCUUGCGGCGCUGCAUGUGAACGCGGGACGGCAUAAGCGGGCGGAAGAGCUCGCGGAACGGAAGCGGUUGGCGUAUCCGGACUUGGAGGAGCGGAAGCGGGCGGCCACUUAUGGCUGGCUGCGGGACGGCUACGAUCCCGCGAUCCAUAAGGAGCCGCGACCGCUGAUGCUGGACGAUAUCUGGGCUGCGCUGGAGGGCCCCGAGCCAUCCGAUGAGAGCAGUCUUGCCCCGAAUAGCUCAAUUGAGGUAGAUUCCGUGUCGACUGAUGAGACUUUGGAACAUGGGGCUGUAGAUUAGGUCUUACUUGCAGUGACGAGUUGAAGGGCUGGCGUAUUGCCUCGCACAUCCUGAAAGGGAACUCCUCAAUCUGGGAAACGGGCAGGCUCGCCAACUGUCAAACAUACGUAGUUUGGAAAGCAACGACAGCACAAUCUUUUCGAUUAUACUCACCGCUCAUGCACCCCGUUGCUCUAUGUCUCGGCCUUUUCCCGAGAGAAGGUCUUUAGAGGAACACGGCGGGCCGCAUUGAGCUUCAUGCGGUGUGUCUUGCUAGUUGGUUUCGAAAUAGUUAUGAUUACAGUUCAACGAUUGAGAGCAAGUCUUGUCUUGCAGGACCCCACUCACGUGCAUGUAUGCCUGC